CCAGAAAGUCUUCCACAUUUGGCCCAGCUUCUGCUAGUUUAUCUUUCGCUAUGUGAUAGUGGUUCUCAUUGCCUUCCCACUUCGUGGGUUUCUUGGAAAAUUUGGUUCCAUGUUUCGCAUCGCCAUCUCAAUUUUUGUUUCAUCUAUGAAAUGGGUUCCAAUGAGGAAUUGCUCACGUCACUGGAAGCAUUGAUGAACGAUUUCUUUUCACCUUGCACGACGAAUGAUCGCAAGCGCGAGAUCGAGAAUCUCUUGAACAAUUUCAAGCAGCAGCAAAAUGCAUGGAGUCUCUCCUUGUGGUUUCUGAACCAUUCCAACAAUGAUUAUGUCAGGAUUUAUUGCCUGACGACUCUUGAGUAUGUCGUCAAUCGGAAGUGGUUGGGACUGGAGACGAGGGAGAGGGUUGAAAUUCGAUCAUCCCUGGAGAAAUUUCUCUUGGAGACUCACCUAAAGGCUCCAUUGUUCAUGAAGAAUAAGCUUGUGAAACUCAUAGUUGAUAUUGCUCGGAUGGAAUGGCCUCAUUUCUAUCCAGAUUUCUACACUAAUAUGUUGCAGAUGCUACAAUAUCAAGACACUGUGCCACUUGGGCUCAAAUUUCUUCAGAUGACAUCUGAGGAAUUGGGUUGCCCUCGGGAAGAUCUGUAUGCUGCCAGGAAAGAAGAGCUUCGGAAGCUCCUUGUGGCCCAGAUCCCCCAAACUCUCAAUGCUUUGACUGUGUUGCUGGAGGGAGUACUCGAUAAGCAUAAACAUAGAGUGACGGCCACUCCUCCUCCAUCUCCCAUACAAGGGAACGAUGAAGUUCCCGAUGAGUCGAUGGAAGGCAAAGGUGGGUUUUGUGCUCUUGGUCUUUACAGCCUGAUGAGGGGGAUUCUGAAGAAUCGAUCAGAAGAAGGGAAGAACCUAUUUUGGACCCUACCGCCAUUAGACCCAGAUACAAGCGACGUCUGCAAACUUGCUCUCCAAGUCCUUGCCCAUUUGUUUUCAUGGAUCCCUCUAUCAAAUUGCAUCUCCUCCAAUCUUUUACAUGCCAUCUUUCAGUUUGCCAGCUUUGGAACAGAUCCCCGACAUAUGGAUUCAAAGGAGGGGGAUUGUAUGGAUGAGCCCUUGAUGGGGGAAACAGCCAUGAAUGCCAUAAAUGAGAUUGUUGGUAGAAAUUGUGUACCUGGAGAGUUCCAAGACCUCCUCCUUGAGAUCUUCAGAAACACCUUCAACAUACUUCAGCGUCUCCUCACCGAGGAGAGCCUUGCUGCCAAUCUUCUCCAACAGAUUCAUCCCAAGUACCUGGAGAAGUUUACAGACUUCUUAAGGUUGUUUGUGAGUAUUCACUUCACUCGGUUUGAAUCCCAUCCCAAUUUCCCUGUGAUGGAGUUCCUGGAUCUGCUGUUCAAGUUCACAUUUCAUCAGCCAACAAAUGAUGGUUUCUUUGCUUGCCUUGAAACAUGGCAUGUCUUCUUGGACUGUCUCUCAACAGUACAGCAGAUGCGCCAUGGAUAUAAGACAUCUCUUACAGACCGAUAUCGUGAAGCCUACGAAUCUCUGACACUCCAGGUCUUGCACAAAAUCCAGUUCCGUUACAACCAACCACAGCUGGAAGAGAUGGAUGAUGAAUCUCUUGAUGAGAAUACAGCUGUUGUGAAUGAGAAGAAAGGGGAAGAAGACAUCCGGAGACUCACCAUCACAGCCGAACAGGAGUGUCGGAAGCUCCACUGUCUCCUUCGUGACCUCUCUUCCUUCCUCCAGGCAGCUGGGCGCAUGAGCGAGUUCUUCAUUGGGGAAAAUUUCCAGCCCCGCUUGCCUAUGGCUGAAGCCAUUGUCAACAAAAUCGCAGAGACGGCUCAAUAUGGGAGUCGACUGAAGCUUUUCCAAGUCCAGACAGCUGUGAAAGUGUUAAAAAGUGACUUUGCAGAAGCGCACGCACAGUCGUUUGCUGCCCUGAAAGCAUGGAGUCAUUGGCUUGCUCAGUUUUAUGGGGAGAGCCUAAGGAAUCCAGAUCAUGCUGAUCAUCAGAGGUUUCAAGAACUUCUCACAUCCAUUGUGACUGCUACAGUUCCUAUGAUAUCUGUAGAUGACCGCUUGUUGCUGUACCGUGCUAUGAUGAAUUCCCUAAUUCUGCCCUGGCCUGGGAACACCGAUCAGCAAUGGGAAGUGAGAGAGCAGCACAUUGCUGUCUUUGUUCGUGCCAUUACAGGGAACUUCCUCUCUCUGAAGCACUCUCAUGACUUCAAUUUACACUCUGGUCUCCAAGAUCGCACAAAGGAAGAGAUUAAACAGACAGUAUGGAUCCUUGGAGAUCAGGCAGAGAAUAUAGCCGAGGAGACGACACGAACCAAAGCGAUGCUCUUUUCUGCCAUACAUCUCCAUGUCUCCACAGCCAUCCAGAUCCUCCCUGCUGUAAUCAACAUUGCAGAUGUAUCAGAAGAAUUGCUGGGGUUUUUCCUGGUACUCUUUCGUGUAUUGAGAACCCAGAUGGGCCCUUCUUUGACUCAACAGACCUUAGAAACUCUCCUGGGUGCAUUCUCGAAGGAACACAUGGCCGAGGCAGUGAUGAGCAAGGCUCGUGUCGUUGAGCGUUUCCUUCGGAUCCUGGAACUGGUUAUGCAAGAACCUGGAUCUGCAUUCCAGCAUUUCAUUCCAUCCACACUUUCCCUAUGCCUGGAGCACAUUUAUCCAUCUCUGGCUGAUAAGCAAUCUGAUGUGAAAGGGCCUCUGUAUGAUGUCCUGACUGCCAUUCUUGUGCAUCACCACAAGUAUUUCUUCAAAACAAAUAUCCUCACAUCAUUGGGUGCACCAGGUUCAGAGAUCCUUGAGAAUGAGACUCACUUCUCAGGCAUCAUGAGUGCCUUCAUUCAGUCAUUCCAACAGGAUGACAUCUCACUCUUUAGACAGAAUCUGGAAGCCCUUGAGAAGAUGAAUGCCAAGUGGAAACUGUUUCACAAAGAGGUGUUUUGUCAGACAAUGGCCUUCCCUUUCUUGUCCUCACUGCUUCACGUUUUGGCUGAGAGAACCCAUGACCUGGUGAAGGAAGAGAUUGCAAUAUGCAUGCAUAAUAUAGCUUCAGCCAUGGACUUUUCACCCUUUUUUGACUUCUUCCUCCCACAUUUCCUCAAUGAGAAGUGCUCUAACAUCCAGACAAGACAACGAGCUGCUCUUCUCGAUCACUUCCGUCGAGAGCAAGACCUGCCGACAUUCACCUGGAACCUACACCAGUUUGUGAAUGACCUCAGGUAUUACCAAGUCCUGAAUUCAGGACUGCCACCAAGUGCUGUGACCUUCGCGUGA